GAAGGAAGAAACAGAAGCUUGCCAAAGAGAGAGCAGGACUUUCCAAGUUGCCUGAUCUGAAAGAUGCUGAAGCAGUUCAGAAGUUUUUCCUUGAGGAGAUUCAGCUUGGAGAGGAAUUACUAGCUCAAGGUGAAUAUGAAAAGGGUGUUGAUCACUUGACCAAUGCCAUUGCUGUGUGUGGGCAGCCGCAGCAGCUACUACAAGUUCUACAGCAGACUCUUCCACCACCAGUGUUUCAAAUGCUUCUAACUAAGCUCCCUACAAUAAGCCAGAGAAUUGUAAAUGCACAGUGCUUGGCUGAAGAUGAUGUUGAAUGAGGUCACACCACAACGGGGGGAAAAAAGUUUUCUUACCCCAGAAGAUGAGCAUCAGUAGGGGGAUAAAGGGGCAAACAUAGUAGUUAAUGGACUGUGUACCACAUCGGGUUCUACCAGAGUUAAAAUUAACUUUGUGUAGGUGGGUUUCGCAGGAUUUUAUUUAUUAUCCCAGUGAAAAGUGUAUUUUGAUAAGAAUUCAUUUUAUAAAUACACUGUGUUGAGUUAUCAAAGUAUCACUAACUUCAUUAUUAUUAAAAGACGCAGUUGUAAUGUUGUACAUGUACAGACAUAAAACUACGACCUAUUAAAAACCCAAUGCUCAUUUUUGAAAAACAAAGUUAUGGCAAUAAAGAUUUAUCUGCACUUGUGUGUCCCUAUAGUACUACUUUAAAAUUCAGAAUAUUUGGGUGUCAGAGCAAAUGAUCUAAAAAUGACAACAUUAAAAUUUAUUUUUAAUGUUAUGGCUGGUCUUCCAAUACUUUUAAUUAAGUUUAAAACUUUGUGUAAUUUCCUGAGAAAAUAGCUAUAUGAUCAUUUAAACAGUAACAGAUCACUUUAGAAGGAGAUGCAGAUCACAAUGGUAAGAGAUGACUGGCUGCAGAAAGAAUGACAAAUCCGUUUCUGUCAGGAACAAAAACGUGUAAAGUGGUCAGUUCAAAAUCACUGACAAACUUGAAAGUGCUAUUAGUACAGGUGUCUGAGACAAAGCUGUUUGGAAUAGAACCUGGGCACAUUUUAAGAGCACUAAAGUUGGGGUUUUUUGGAAAGCUUGAAAUGUUGCAAGAUAGACAGUUGACAUAUUUCAGUCUGUAGUCUUUAAGACCACAGCAAAUGGUUGUUAACAGUCUUUUAAAGGCAUUUGCCUUAGGAAUAAAAUUACACUGAUAAGGUAAGACAAUUGUAUCCCAUGGGUAAAUAGCAAAAGCUAAUGGAAUUAGAUGUACAAUUUCAACAUGGUGUGGUGAAUUUCCCUUUGCCAAUGAAAAGAAGACAAAUACUAUACAGCAGGCUCAAGUGAGUAGGAGAAGUGUACUUCUGAAAGCAAGUUUUUAAUGGGUAGGAUCUUCUAAAUGUCAAAACAGACUGGCUUCUGCUAUUCUCUGAGUUUGUGCUAUCAGCACUCAGGUGGCAGAAGAAACAAUUAAAAACAGCUUUAUCUCUUUGGCACAGUGACUCAUUUUUAACUUGAGGAGAAUGCUUUGAGGUGUCUUUCAGACCAGCUGACAGUAUUGAUGAUACUGCUAGAGUAAGGUAUUAGGUGGCAUAAUCUUGUAGAAGUGAGAUACACUGAGGGCACUCUAGCCAACUCUGUCUCAUUUCAGCCUGGUGCAAGUUUCUUCAAAGGCAGAUUCUCCUCAGUGGUUCAGAAAUUGCCUCACACAGGUUUUUUGAGAGGUUAAGUGUAUGGUUGAUAGUGACCUAGCAGUCAGUUCCUGGGUUUGGGAAUAGAAAUGGCUCUGACUGAGUCAUUCUGCCAAGAUGGUCUGCUAUGGAAUUUUCCCCUUAAGCCCUUGAAAACAUUAUUUCCAAAGAUUUGAGGUGCCAUUGAAAUUUUCUGUAAUGUGAUAAAUACUGAAGUUAGUGGCUGGUAUCAACAAACAUGUUGUAAACAACUGGAUGUAGUUUAAUCUUUGUGCCUGAAUUGUUCCGGUAGCAUAAGGUAAAGGUAAAGCAUAGCAGCCAUAUUCUUCAGGGGACAGGGGCCAGCAUGCUCUUUUCCUUUUAAUUUAUUUUACAGGGAUAAAGUUAUUUUGCACUUAAUAAAAAUACUGUGAAAUUACAAAAGUUUCUGAUUUUAA